UAAAAAAAAGAGAGGAAAAAAGGGAAGCGUCCCGCGCAACGUUCUAACAAAAUUCCUCCUCUCAGUUCUAAUCUCUCUCUCGACUCUCUCCACAAUCCAAUCUUCUUUCGCUCUUGAUUCUCCUCUCGUCGUCUCCGAUCCGGGUCUCCUACUCUGCCCAACUCCGACCCGGACCCGAAUCACCAAAUGGAUGAACCACCAAAGGCCACCGCAACAACUGACGACGGUUCAACUCCUCCCGGCGAAUCAUCAAAUCCCUCGCCGAAGGUUUUAACCGCCGGCGAUCGGAAAUUGCUCAAAGUGGAGCUCAGACAAGGAGAGACGACGUACGUUUCGUGGAAGAAGCUGAUGAAGGAAGAAGCUAGGAAGGGCGAUGGUUCGUCUGACCCGCCGCCUCCUAAUGCUAACCCUAAUCUCGUGUCUCGCAUUGCACCUUUGGGGCAGCCACCAGGAAAAGAAGGUGAAACGGCUGACCAACCUCAUUCUAAUCGUUUCAACGCUGUUAUUGAGAAGAUCGAGAGGCUCUACAUGGGUAGAGAUAGUAGUGAUGGAGAAGAGUUAGAUGGUGCUCCAGACGAUGACGAGUACGACACUGAAGAUUCAUUCAUCGAUGACGUUGAAUUGGAUGAGUAUUUUGAAGUUGAUGAUACGGCAAUUAAACAUGACGGAUUUUUUGUCAACAAAGGAACGUUAGAACAGAUUGAACCAUCAACAACAAUACCUAUCCAGAAACCGAAGAAAAGGCAAAGGAAAGAUUCAGCAAAACCUUGUGGCGAUGUUGUUGAUGCAUCUCGAAAACAAGCCAAGAUCGCUAAGACGGCUGGGGGAAAGGAUCAAGCAGCUGCCUCUGGGCCUGCUCCGAAGAAAAAGUCCAACGAUUCAAAGACAGUGCAGGGUUCAGUUUCUUCGCUGAACCCUCAAAGCGGCAAUGGCUCCUUAGUUUUGGAGAACGUGAAGCUUAGUGAUAAAGUGAAUCAUCAGCCAAGUCCCAAGUCAAAGGCAGCUGAAUCUUCUGGCGCUCUUCUUUCGAAGUGCAGCAACAAAGGUGCUCACCAGCAAGUAAAAUCUCGACCAAAUGGCUUGGCAAAAUCAACAGUAGCCCGGCAGAAUGAAAACAAUGGCACGCAUGACCUGGACAAUGCAACGAACAAAAGCGGUUCUAAUGUCAGGCCUAAGACCUCCUCCACACUUGAGAAAGCCAUCAAAGAAUUGGAGAAGGUGGUCGCUGAAUCAAGGCCUCCUGCUGCCACCGAGAAUCAAGAUGCUGAUACUGCAGCCCAAGCAGUGAAGAGGAGAUUGCCAAGCGACGUUAAAUUGAAGCUUGCUAAAGUUGCUAGGCUUGCGCAGGCGAGCCAGGGGAGUGUAUCAGUAGAGUUAAUCAAUCGUCUCAUGAGCAUUGUUGGUCAUCUAAUACAAGUUAGAUCUCUGAAGAGGAACUUGAAAAUCAUGAUUGAUUCCGAAGACGCUGCAAAUCGAGAAAAAGAUACUAGAUUUCAACGUAUCAAGGAUGAAGUUAUUGAGAUGUUAAAAACACAAGUUCCAUUGAUGGAAUCACAGGCAACUAAUCAAGAAGCUGGGACAUCAGAUGAGUUUCAGGAUGUUGAAAAGCAACCUACGAAGAAGAAGUCUGUCAUGGAUGCGGCGCUGGAGGAGAAACUGUGUGACCUUUAUGACAUCUUUGUUGAUGGAUUGGAUGAAGAUGCAGGUCCACAGAUCAGAAAGCUUUACGCAAAUUUAGCUGAACUCUGGCCAAAGAAGUUAAUGGACAAUCAUGGGAUCAAGCGUGCUAUUUGCCGGGCAAAGGAAAGGCGGAGAGCAUUAUUGGAUCAAGGGAAGAUGACGAAGAGGAAACAGAUACAAGUGCUAACAAAACCAGAAGGUAAUGCUGCUCAUCCCGACAAGGCUUCAAGUAGUGGAGAUCAAACAAUAGUUGCUGUCCCAAGCACGUCCUCGGUCCAACUUACAGUGGACUUGUCGUGUCACAUGUCAAAGCAGCAACAUGGGAAACGAAAGGGAACCUCUAGCUCUAGUAACUCUUCAGUAGAAGCAAAGACAGGUAGAAGAAAGACAGAAAAGAGUGUAGAAGAAUCUCAACUACCCACAGAGAAACAUCUUGGUCUGGCUCCAAAGCAGCAGCAGACACAGAUACAGGCUCCACAUCUGAACCUGCCAAGUUAACUACUCAGGCUUAGUUUCUGUUAAGACUUUUUUUUUGUAGUCAAAGCCUGGCUCUAUAUAGCCUUAUAGCCUUACUGUCUCUUCUAAUUCUACAUAUAGUUAUAACUUCUUUAAUGCCAUUUUCAUUGAUAUCAUAACAGAUUUCAAAGUCGUUACAGAAAUUUGAAUAAAAAAAACUGAACCUAAACC